CCUUGUUCUCCCCCACCAAAACAAUUGAAAUGGUUCCUCGUACACAAACUACUACUUCGCCUUUGGCGAGCACUAUGGCCCAGAUUCUCACGGCUGGAGGCGACGCCUCCCACACCAAUCCCGACACCGGUGCCAGUCUUCUACUCAUGGCCCUGCAUGAGAAAGAGUGGCUAUGGCUUCAAUACAACUCAUUGA